AUGAGCUCCUCUCUCCCGCCGUUUGCGCCGUUCCCAAAGGCCUCGUGGCGGCAACGCAUCUCACCAGCCGAGUGGGAAGCUCUAUCAGAAGCCUGGAUCGCCCUCUCACAAGCCUACCUCGCCCUGGACGACGCCGCAUUCGACAAGGAGGCCUCGGCAGACGACAGCUCCCUAACGGCAUUCGUAUCGACAUUCGUCGAGGAGACAGCAGCAGCAGAGUCCGACGCAAAGACGAUAGUAGCUUCGUCACCCCGGCUGCUCAAGACGAUAUUCCGCCUCACAUCACGCAUCCUCACAGCUUCCCCUCCUCCUCCUCCUCGGCUGCUGGACGUCCAUUUCCUCGCCGGCUUCGCGCGGACGUUUCCAAAGAAGCACACGGCGCCCCUCCUGGCGCGGCUCUUCGCCAGCCACGCCGCCGCCGCCGCCGUCGAAUCGUCGCUGCUCGCCCUCAAGAAGCUCCUCAUCCCGCAGCUGGACGCCGGCAGCAAGGGCGACCUCAAGCUCGUCGAGCGGGAGCUCGCGCGGCUGAACCCGCUGCUGCAUGCCUCCCCCGAUGCGUGCAUGCUGCUGCUCGCCGGGUCCGACUUCUUCGAUGGCCUGGUGACGUGCUUCCGGGUCGUCAAUCCGCCCCUGCGCAAGACCAUCGUCACGACCGUCUACCUGUGUCUCGUCGGGUUGACAGAGGUGGAGCCUCCGAAAUGGUCCAUGAUUAGCGAUCAGCUGUAUGCCAUUCAGGUUGCUGCCGAAGCGCACAGGAAGGGGCCCCUGAAUCCCAACGACUCUCUGGGGGCGGAUCUUGUGACGAACACGCCGAUACUCAAGACGCUGCUCCGGAAAGUAGAAUCAUCAGCAUCAGCACCCUCCAACAUCAAACAUCGCAUCACAGCACUGGAAUCCUUCAAAUCAGGCAUCAUCGUCCGGCCAAAGAAGCUGGUCAAGAGAAAGUUGGACAAGGGCAAGGGGAGAGAAGCACCCGAGGACGUGCAUGCGGAGAUGCAUGUGCACCAGAUGAGUCAAAUAGCUCAUGUGCAAGACCUCUUCCCAGAUCUGGGCGCUGGUUUCAUAGUAAAAUGCCUGGAUGAGUAUCACGACAACGUCGAGCAGGUCAUUGCGAACCUGAUCGAUGAAACGCUACCGCCCCAUCUCGCUACUGCAGACAGGAGCGAGCCAUUAUCACAUUCACAACCCGACAUCAAACCACACAAAGACCUCGCCCCCCGCUCAACACCCCCCCAACUCCCCACGAGGCGCAACGUCUUCGACGACGACGAAUUCGACCGCCUGGCAAUCGACGCAUUCAAGCUCUCCUUCGGCAAGAGGAACCCCGGCAGGACCGCCGACGACGUCCUCAAGGACAAGUCCACGGCCCCCAACAAGGCCGCCAUCCUCUCCGCCCUCGCGGCGCUCGACCCGGACGACGACGAGCGCGACGACACCUACGACGCCGCCGACGUGGGCGGCACCGUCGACGCCGGCAGCAGCAGCCUGGACGCCGACGGCAACGAGGAGCUGCUCUUCCGCGCGUUCCAGGCGGGCCCCAAGGUCUUUGGCAGAGACGCCGAGACGAGGAGGAGCGGCGCGCGCGGGAAGCUGCGGGACGAGACGGGCAUGGCCGACGAGGCCAUCGAGGGGUGGGCCGUCAUGCUGCAGCGGAACCCGGCGCAGAUGAAGCGCCUCGAGGCAAAGUAUGCGUGGAGCGGCCAGCAGGCGCAGCUCGAGCGCACGUCGUGGAGGGCUGCUGCCGCCGCGGGUUCAGGCGCCGAGGAGAGCGAUCCGGACGGAGGCAGCAGCUCGAGAGGACGUGGUCGGGGCGGAGGAGGUCGUGGCAGGGGGGGCGGCAAUGUCGCCGGGCCGACGGGGGAGAAGGAGACGGAGGUGGCGAGGAAGAAUAAGGAGGCGCAUAAGGGGGCGAGGGCGAAUCAUAACAGGCGGGAUGCGAGGGCGAAGAAGAUGGCUCGCGGAGGGUUUGCAGGAUGA